UUGGCUCUGGGUUUAUUUGAGCUGAACUCAGCUCUGGCCUUGAAUAUUUGUGGGGAUGGUUUGAAAAAAAGUGCUGGGUGUACAGAGGUUCAGGCUGGUGCUGUGGUCAGUACUGAGGCUUCAUCUGUGAAGUGUGAGCUGCAGGGUACUGCUUGCCUACCUGUAUUUUCAGUGGAUGGUGACUAUGUUAUUGGGGGUGUUUUCUCCAUUCACCAUUACAUGUCUGCAGUGACGCAUAACUACACCACCAGGCCUGAGUCAUUGCAGUGCACAGAGAAAAUUGACUCUCGUGAACUGCGCUUCUCACGUGCAAUGGUCUUUGCCAUUGAGGAGAUUAACAACAGUACGAAGCUACUGCCAGACAUCAGGCUCGGUUAUCAAAUCCAUGACUCAUGCGGUGCAGUGUCCAUGGCAGUGAAUGUGGCAUUUCUGCUUGCUAAUGGCCCAGACCCUGUGUUUUAUACUGGUAACACAUGUUCUAAAUCUGGUAUGGUGAUGGCUAUUGUUGGUGAAUCUGGGUCCACAUUAUCCAUUUGCAUUUCACACAUUAUGGGAACCUUUAAUAUUCCCCAGGUGAGUCACUUUGCCACUUGUGCAUGCCUAUCUGAUAAGCAUCAGUACCCGAGCUUCUUCAGAACAAUCCCCAGUGAUCAGUUCCAAGCUGCUGCACUGGCCAAGCUGGUGAAACACUUUGGAUGGACUUGGAUAGGUGCUGUCCGGUCAGAUUCAGACUAUGGGAAUAAUGGUAUGGCGUCUUUCCUGGAUGCAGCACACAAAGAGGGGAUCUGUGUUGAAUACUCUGAAUCUUUCUAUCGGACCCAACCUCAUAGCAGGAUCCAGAGAGUGGCUGAUGUUAUCCGCAGAUCAACAGCUAUGGUUGUUGUGGCAUUUGCAUCAGAUGUAGACAUGGUGAUCCUGCUGGAGGAGCUGUCUCGUGAGCCUUCCCCACCUCGCCAAUGGAUAGGUAGUGAGGCCUGGGUAACUCAUCCAGACAUGAUGAGGUUCACCUUCUGUACCGGAGCCAUGGGGUUUGCCAUUCAGAAAUCUGUCAUUCCAGGUCUGAGAGACUUCUUGCUGGAUCUCUCUCCCACUAAAGUGGCAGCCUCUCCAGUUCUGACUGAGUUCUGGGAGGAUGCAUUCAACUGCAGGCUGAAACAAAGUGAGAAAGUUGAGCUGAUGUACAGCUUCAGACAGGAGGCUCCGAAUCUCUUUCAACACAGAACAUCUCCAAUUGUCAGGGCCAACAACUCUGAGCUGAGCUUCCUGCUGCUCUUCUCCCUGACUCUCUGUUUCUUAUGUUCAUUAACUUUCAUUGGAGCACCCUCUGAGUGGUCCUGCAUGCUGCGCCACACAACGUUUGGGAUCACCUUUGUCCUCUGCAUCUCUUGUGUUCUAGGGAAAACUAUAGUGGUGUUAAUGGCCUUCAAAGCGACACUUCCAGGCAGUAAUGUGAUGAAAUGGUUUGGUCCUCCACAGCAAAGAAUGACUGUAGUGUCUUUCACCUUUAUCCAAGUCUUAAUAUGUACUAUCUGGUUGGUUGUUAGUCCCCCCUUUCCAAUGAAAAACCUAAGCAUAAACAAAGACAGCAUCAUCUUGGAGUGUGCAUUGGGCUCAGCUGUUGGGUUCUGGGCUGUGCUCGGGUACAUUGGCCUACUGGCUGUCUUUUGCUUUGUGUUAGCCGUCCUAGCCCGGAAACUACCUGAUAACUUUAAUGAAGCCAAGUUUAUCACGUUUAGCGAGGCUAAAUUGAUCACCUUCAGCAUGCUGAUAUUCUGUGCAGUCUGGAUCACUUUUAUUCCAGCAUAUGUCAGCUCUCCUGGGAAGUUUACUGUGGCUGUGGAGAUAUUUGCUAUUCUGGCCUCUAGUUUUGGACUAAUACUGUGUAUAUUUGCUCCAAAGUGUUUUAUCAUAUUGUUUAAACCAGAGAAGAACACCAAGAAAUAUGUAAUUAACAAAGUCACCUCAAGGGUCUUCCAUCCCCACAGUCUUGACCUACUCAUCCCUGGCAGCUUCCCCAGCUGA